CCUCCACCUCCCCCGUCCAAUGAGGAGGCGCAGGACCCGCCGCCCCGCCUCCCCGGUUGCGAUCCAUCGGCGACAAGAGGCCGAUUGGAACCGGAGCGAGCCUGAUCCAGACUCUCAGCGGCUGGCCCCCCACUCUUUACCCUCAGCUUUGCCAUGUCUCUGGCCGACGAGCUUCUGGCUGACCUGGAGGAGGCAGCAGAGGAGGAGGACGAGGACUUCGCCGAUGAGGAAGAUGAAGAGACCAUCGACGUGGUCGAGGAGGAGAUGCAGCUGGACCUCGGGGUGGACUCGGUGAAGAGCAUCGCCAAGCUUCGAGACAGUAAGCAGUUUGCGGAGAUUAUUUCCAAAAUGGGAGACUACAUUGGCCAACAGCGCAAGUCUUCAGAUGUCACCGGGCCGGUGGAGUCAGACCCCGAAUACAAGCUGAUCGUGGACGCCAAUAACCUAACGGUGGAGAUUGACAACGAGAUCAAUAUCAUUCACAAAUAUGUCCGGGACAAAUACUCCAAGAGAUUCCCUGAGCUGGAGUCACUGGUUCCCAAUGCGCUCGAUUACAUCCGGACAGUGAAGGAACUCGGGAACAACCUGGACCGGUGUAAGAAUAACGAGAACCUUCAGCAGAUCCUCACCAACGCCACCAUCAUGGUGGUGAGUGUGACAGCAUCGACCACCCAGGGGUAA